UCCUCCUCAUCCAGGCAGCACAGCUCCCUCCCCACUCGAGGCUCCGAGCUUUAUUUUUUCUUGUUUUGUUUUGUUUUCUUGGUAGGAGUAACAAUAGUUUCUGGCAGCCUUCUUCCUCCUCGCUCUCUACCCGAGGAGAGAGGAGAGGAGAGAAAUCCGGAGGCAAAGCUUCAGGGUUUGUAUAAAGGGAUUCUAGAUCUAAUCGACUAACCAGAGAGAAAAAAAAACAAAAAAUAACGCGAGAAAGCAUGAGCCACUUCGCCGCCGCCGCCGUGAAGAGCCCCCUCGCCGUGGCCGCGCCCGCCGCCGGCGACGCCAAGAGCCCGCUCUUCUGCCCCAAGCCGCGGCGCCCCGCGGCGCCCCUGCGGUGCCACCAGGGCGGCGACGCCGGCAUGGAUCUGCUCGACCUCCUCCUGUCAAAGCACAGUGUUUAGGGUGAUGAACAGUGACACACUGACACGCUAUAUCUGGGGGAGAGAGAAGGGGACCGACACGUAGGGGGCGCUGUAGGGGCACCGCUGCGGCCAUAAGACUGUCUGCAGCGCCGCACUCUAGCCCUCCUCUCCCCUAUUCCUAUUCAUUGCUUAGGGGCUACAGGUGACCUCUACGUCCCGCAGCGCAGCCCUCUACCGUGCCCCCUUCGUAGCGGACCGCUUCUCUCUCACGCCAGAUCGAGAGGAGCGCUGUUCACCCCCUCGCGGCAUUGUUUUCUCCCUUUCGCGCGCGCAUCGGAAGGAUCAGAAGCAUUUUCGUUGCUGAUGACGAUGGCGGUACAUCGACGGACAAAGCCCGACGAGAGAUUCGUCUCCAUCUCGCCUUGUCUUCCUCCCUCCUUCAGCCCGAGGAAACCGUAGCUCGGGGACGGCAUCUUCAACUCCGACGGCGACACCUGGGUGGCGCAGCGCAAGACGGCCGCGCUCGAGUUCACCACGCGCACGCUCCGCACCGCCAUGUCGCGCUGGGUCUCCCGCUCCAUCCACGCCCGCCUGCUGCCCAUCCUCGCCGACGCGCACAUCGUCGACCUGCAGAACCUCCUGCUCCGCCUCACCUUUGACAACAUCUGCGGCCUCGCCUUCGGGAAGGACCCCGAGACGCUCGCCCGGUGCCUCCCCGACAACGCCUUCGCCUCCGCGUUGGACCGCGCCACGGAGGCCACCCUCAACCGCUUCAUCUUCCCCGAGUGCGUCUGGCGCUGCAAGAAGUGGCUGGGCCUCGGCAUGGAGACGACGCCGGCGCGCAGCGUCCGCCACGUCGACCGCUACCUCUCGGCUGUCAUCAAGGCGCGCAACCUCGAGCUCUCCGCCUCCUUGCCGCCGCCGCCACGAGGAAGGACCUCCUCUCGGCCACGCCGCACGACGACCUCCUCUCGCGCUUCAUGCGCAAGGGGACCUACUCCGACGAGGCGCUGCAGCACGUGGCGCUCAACUUCAUCCUCGCCGGCCGCGACAGCUCCUCGGUGGCGCUCUCCUGGUUCUUUUGGCUGGUCUCCACGCACCCCGCCGUGGAGCGCAAGAAUAUUUGUAAUGAAAUUGCAAAUAUCAAACCGUAUUCGAAUAAUAAUGGAAUUUGCUUCGCAGGAAAAUAUAUUCCAGAACCGAAGACGGAUAAUACGUUUUCACGAAAUUAUGCAAUUUCGAAUGUAUUGUAAAAUAAUAGUUGUUAUAUAUUAUAUGUGCAAGUAAUUGUAAACUAA